GUCAUCACAACGACACCCACAUUCAACAGCCACCUACUUUCAGCAUCCCUGCAAGGGCACCCAUGCUUGCUGGCCAUGCCCCAGGAGGCUUGGGGGCCUCGGCCUCAUCCACCUUCUCAACAACGAUAUCCGAAAGCAUAGACUUUGCAAUCGUGGACGACAUCAUAAGUCUGGCUCGCGACGCGACUUCCUUUGCCGAGGUCCACCAAGUGUACUGCCGGGUACUCGAACUCAAUGGCCUCUCGCUAGCCUCCGAUACUGCAUACUACCAGUUCCUGCUGCGCCUUGGGGUGACCCGAGCGCCGACAUGGGGGGAGAAAUGGGACGUUUGGCGCACGACCCAUGCUGAGCUGGGCCAGCCGACGUUGCCAGCCGCACAGGCGCCGAGGUUCAAGACGGCCGCACAGCCCAAGCCACAUCCUAUGAGGUCGCGCGUGCCCUUCCUCGCCGGCGCCGGCUCCGACCUCGACGAGGUAGGCGACGACACGGAUGUGCACACCAGCGGGGCAGAGCUCGCUGCCCAGAGGACACCGCCGCCGAAGAAGAGAGUUGUCAAGCCGCGCACCAUCGUCGGUUACAGUCCCUCGAGCUCGUUUACCGAGGAAGACACUCUCGGCUUCCCUACCUCGGUCCGCACAUCCACCCCGACGAGCGCGCGCAAGUUCCUCCCCAGCCAGCUUCGAGACCGAGGGCAGUCUUCGCCGACGCGGGGUGUGUCGUCGGCGGAUGAACGACACAGCUCUACCACCGAUUUUGAUGUGUCUCCGAUCAAACGGCAAGCGGCGCCGCGACUGAGGGACGUCGACCCCGCCACUCUGCGGCUGAUGGAGAUGCGGGCCGAGACCUUCCUCCGGCUCGGGUUACUGGGUCGAACAUGGAGCGUGUGGUUCGAGGCGUCGGACUGGAUCACGCGGACCGUCAAGCAAAUUGACACUGUUCGCAACGACUUGCUGCUCAAACAGUACUUCACGAAAUGGCAAGCGGUCAGUGGACGGCAAGUGGCGUUGCAAGGCGUCGCCGACGCGCAGUAUGCGCGCCAUUUGGGAGUGCAAGUCGUUGACCGCUGGCGGAGGCGCCUCGCCGACCGUCGGCUGGAGCAACUCGAGCGCCGCUUCGAGGCCCACCUGGACAACAAUCUCGCGCGUAGUGCCUGGAGAGCCUGGAGGACACUCGCCAUCAAACGGCGAACUGAGAGGUGGGAGCAAGACCUGAAGGGCCGCGAGGUGGCUUUCACGGCGAGGUCCAACACCCAGCUUGUCACCAAGGCUUUUGACGCGUGGCACGACCGCACUCGGGAGCACCAAGCAGACCGACACCUCCAGCGCAACACUCUCAGGCAGACCUUUGAUAAUUGGCGCCGCCGCGCCAGUCAGUCCCGCUAUCUGGCGAGGGCUCUCGCUGGGUGGGACCAGCGCCAGGCGAAUGAGGACCAAACUCGGUGCUUCAGCACAUGGCGAAAGAAGACUGAUCAGCUAGCAUCUGAGCGCUUGGUGAUACGGCGCCGGGACGAGCGGUUGGUUCAGCGAGCUUGGUCCGAGUGGAGGAUAGCUGCAACGAGGCAUAGUCGAGCAACAGUGUUCAACGAGCAACGGCUCCUCGGCAUAGGCAUGAAGCGACUCAAAGCUGCCAGCCAUAAACACCAGGUCCAGCUGCGCGUUGCUAUCAAGACGCAGACAGACAAGGAGAUGGCAUUGUUGCGACAGUCGUUUGACCUCUGGGUCCGACUCGAGCGUGGUCGAUUGCUCCAGCGCGUCCCGUUCGCUGCCGCCUCGAACCUCAAGACGCUACACAGCACACUCAGCCGCUGGCGCGAUGCGUUAGGCGCCCGGCGGAAUGCUAUUCUCAAGGCCGAUCUUGUCUUUGCCUUUCGUACAAAGCACACGCACCUGCGCAAGUGGAGAGUCGCUCAUGACGAUAUCCUUGACCAGGCUGCGACUGCAGACAAGGCACUGGCGUUCUUCGCAGGCCGAAAGGCAUUCAAGGUGUGGCAGAAGGCGCUAUCUAAGCGGCGGCAAGAUGCCUUCAUCGAGCAGUGUCGUCUAGGCUUGCUACGGGAGGCUUUCAACUUACAGAGCGUCCAGGAUACUGCCCGCGUGGAGGAAUUCCAACAGAGCCGGGACACUCGCCUCGCGUCACGCACGCUGUCCCACUGGACGGAGCGGGUGGUGGUCAUCAAGAUGCGGGAGCUGGAUGUUGCCGACCGACGAGCGGCAUCCUUAAUGACAGAAGCGUUCGGUCGCUGGCGCCGCGCCAAGCGACGCAAUGACGACCGCAAGGGCCUGCUCCAAAGCUUUAUCGACAUUCAAACUGCGGACCGCACGAGGCGAACAUUCACUACCUGGCUGCACAAGGCACGAGGUUCACGCGACCGACGGAUGCGCCUCGAGUUCUUUGAAAAGGACAACAGCGAUAGACUUCUGGCGUCGACAUUUGCCAAGUGGUACACUGCGAAGCGAGAGCGCCAGCUGGGGCCGAUGGAGGCAGAGGUAUCGCUCCGCCACGAAGACGCGCUGCUCUUUGACGUCUUCGACCGGUGGACCGCACGGUCCCAGUUACUACCGGCUAUUCAGUUUGACAACAAGCAUCUUCGCAAUGUGGCUUGGACACGGUGGCAGAAGGCGUUAGACAGGUCACGGGGACUGAAACAGGCGACAAUGGAGCAUGACAAGAGAUUACUCGCGGACGCAUUCUCUGUGUGGCAGGACGCACUUCGGGCCAAGAUGGCCAAGCGACCAUCCUCGUGCGAAUAA